UAUAUAUCUGUGAGAACUGAGACAAAGAUACUCACUUCGUUCACCAACAGCUAUCGCUGAAGUAAAGGAGCUCUCUAUGACGAUGGCGGCACUUCGCUUAUUCGUUCUUUUAAACCUCUGUUUAAUACCAGUCGCUAUAUCAGCUGUUGAGUAUCUUACAGUCGACACAGAGGAAGGCACACUGAGAGGUCAGAUGGGUGAAACGUAUACAGGGAAACCCAUGUACAGGUUUGAAGGAAUUCCCUACGCGGAGCCACCAGUUGGAGACCUCCGAUUCCAGCCGCCAGUACAGAAGUCAGCGUGGACUGGCGUGAAAGACGUCCUGAAGAAAGGCACCAGUUGUACGCAGUACAGCAACGGGAAAACGUCCGGUAGCGAGGACUGCUUGUAUCUCAGCGUUUUUGGUCCUGGGACCCCGUCGCGAAAUGGAACACUGAAAAAUGUUAUGGUUUUCAUCCACGGAGGAUGUUUCACAUCUGGAUCUGGCAACGCGAGGCCGCAGUACUUUGUGGACCUGGAUGUCAUCGUCAUUCACCUAAAUUAUCGACUGGGACUUCUGGGUUUCCUGAGCACCGGCGAUGAAGUGGUCCCUGGGAACAUGGGUCUUAAGGACCAGACAGAGGCACUUCGCUGGGUGCAGAGGAACAUAGAGGCAUUUGGAGGUGAUCCACAAAAAGUAACCAUCUACGGACAAAGCGCUGGAAGUGCAUCCGUUCAUUACCACGUUCUGUCUCCACUGAGCAAAGGUCUUUUCAAGAGCGCCAUAGCGAUGAGUGGAUCAGCAUCAAACGCUUGGGCGUUCACAAAAAAUGCUACAGACAGGGCAUUACGGUUUGCCAAAUAUCUGGGAUAUACUGGUAAAACUUCCACUGAUCUCCUGAAUUUCUUAAAAACCGUAAAAGCGAGUACAUUAGUGAAGAACAUCACUGUUGCCCUAUCGGAAGAGGAUAGCCUAAGUUUGUUCUCUUGUGUCUGGACACCCACUGCCGAACCUGAACACGAUGGGGCAUUUUUGACGGAACAACCGUGGACCCUCGUCGCCGAAGGCCGCUACAACCUGGUUCCUUUCAUGGCUGGUGAUACUGACCUCGAAAGACUGAAGCAAACGCAGAAGGGUGGUGCAUUAUACACUGAAGAACAAGUAAGCAACCUGAACGAGAACUUUGACGAGAUUGUGGGAUGUGACCUGCGACUUCCGACAAGGGAAGAGCAGUUGAAAGCAGCUGCGUCCAUCAAAGAGUUCUACUACAAUGGCAGCGACAUCACAGUGCAGGACAACUACACCACAUGUCUGUUGGAAACACAUCGCUUUUUUGUGGAAGGAGUGGACGCUGCCAUCCGGAGCAUGGCUCGUUAUUCCUCCAACCCUGUUUACUACUACCAAUUCUCCUUCGUUGGUACUCGCAGUACAUUUCCUCAUGGCCCAGGUGCAGCUCACAAUGAUGAUGUGAAAUACAUGCAUGCAACAGACAGUCUGGAUCCUGAUUCCGCUGGAGGUAUCAUCCGGUCCCAGAUGAUAUCAAUGUGGACCAACUUCGCAAAAUAUGACAAUCCAACGCCAGAAGAAACGUCUAUACUGACAGAGACGUGGAAGGAGUAUGACGAAUCAUCCCCAUACUAUCUGGAGAUAAACAGACCUCUUCAGCUCAAAACUAACUUGUACGAGCCCUACAUGACUUUUUGGCACAAUCUGCUGCCGUAAAUACUUCUUAUGUGUCACUAAUAGUCUUCUUAGGCAAUUAAGAGAGUGUUGCAAAAUGUUGAAAUGGAAAUGGUUACGCUAUUACACAUAAUAAUGGAUAUUACCUGAGGAUCCAGGUGGCGGAAUAUGUUUAUUAUGAAGUACUGUAUGCUCAAUCUGCUAUGUGAUGAACUACUUAGCAAUGUUAGCACUGCAGUUCUCACAGACAGAAAUGUUAUACUGAAUUGCUGUACCCUAACUUUUCUUAACAAGAAUUCUGAAGGAGAUAAUUUUUUCACAAGAAUUCUGUUUUCUGAAACAUAUGGUUUAGUGUCUAAUCGCUUCUGUAAGAAAUAUGAAAUUAAUACCUUCUGGUAUACCGUAAAGACUUUUUUUUAUUUUCUUAACACUUCCGUUUUGUCUUUUCUUACCACACUGUAUCAAAAUAACAAU